AUGACGAUUCACAUACUUCCUGUCGCUCACAUGUCUCGCGGUUGUGCGCUAGCAUAUUUCCUUAUUUAUUAAUAUAUUUAUUAAUUUAUUGGUAACAAUGAUUAUUUCAACAAACGAGAAUAACCCGAACGCGUUGAAAUUGAUUAUCGCGGCUAAAUUGAUUCAAAAGACAUUCAUCGUUAAAGUCGUGAAAUCUGGCGCAUGUAUUGCAUUAUGUACAGACGCUGUUCUGGGUCGUUUACCAACGCUAACUGUAUCUUCGGGAUUAUCCUUAUUCAGUGUGUCUUCAGCACUGCGUCUUUUAUUACCUAUAUCUAAAGAAUUGGAGGUCCUCAAUAAUAGAUGGUUGGAAUGGGAAAUUUCUCAAUUACAGCCAACUAUAUUAAGUUAUACAAGUGCGAGGACUCCUAAAAUUUUACAGAAAUCAGACUUAUGGUCUUUAUUAAAAGAUCUCAAUAGUGAAUUAAAAAACAAACAGUACUUAAUUGAGGAACAUAGUAAUUUAUCACCAGCAUUUAUAUUAUCACCAGCAGAUAUUUCUAUUUGGGUAAGCCUUUGGAGUACCAUAUUACUUCCAGAUAUCAGAAAUGAUAUUUCCAAGGAUCUAUCAAAUGUCAAUAACUGGCUAAUUAAUAUUGAGAAGCAGCCAGUUAUUCAGGAAUCUAUCAAAGAGUUUAACUUGGAGAGAGGUGCAAGAGCUAUCGCAAGUAUUGAAGCUGUCUCUUGGUUUCCUGUUAAUGCAACCUCAAAUAAUUCACAACUUUGCAAGCCAGUAUCAAGUGAUAUUAGCCCAACUAAAGAAAAAGAGAUGGAAACUGUUAGUCAAGAAGAACUUCAUAAUGUAGAAAAAAGCUGGACUACUGGACAAUAUCCAGAAGUAAAAGAAAAUUCAUAUCCCAUAUUGCCUAAAAAAGGCGAAAGGAACAUAUUGGUAACAUCAGCUCUUCCAUAUGUUAAUAAUGUUCCACAUUUGGGAAACAUUAUCGGUUGCGUUCUUUCAGCUGACAUCUUUGCAAGAUACUGCAGGCAAAGAAAUUACAAUACUCUUUAUAUAAGCGGGACCGAUGAAUAUGGCACUGCAACUGAAGCGAAAGCUCUGCAAGAGAAAACAACUCCUCAAGUUAUUUGCGAUAAAUUCUUUGAUAUACAUAAUGAUGUUUAUCGAUGGUUUGGUAUUGGAUUCGAUUAUUUUGGUCGUACUACUACACCCGAACAGACAGAAAUUGUCCAAGCAUUUUUCUUAAGAAUCAAAUCGCAAGGUUACGUAUCGAGUGAGACUGUGGAACAACUACAUUGUGAAUCUUGUGAUCGGUUUCUCGCUGAUAGAUUUGUAGAGGGCACAUGUCCCAGAUGCAAAUAUGAGGAUGCACGCGGUGAUCAAUGCGAUGGUUGCAGUCAUCUUGUGAAUGCAGUCGAGUUAAUAAAUCCUCGAUGUAAGAUGUGUAACACUAGACCUGUUAUUAAAAAUUCGAUACAGUUUUUCUUGGAUUUACCCAAAAUAGAAAAAAGAUUGAAGGAAUAUUCCAUUACUGUGGAGAAAGAGUGGUCCAGCGUCGCGAGAGCGGUUUCGAAAUCAUGGUUACGUGAUGGUCUUAAGCCGCGUUGUAUUACUAGGGACUUGAAAUGGGGUAUACCAGUCCCAAUAGAGGGUUUCGAAAAUAAAGUGUUUUACGUCUGGUUUGAUGCCCCUUUCGGAUAUAUCAGUAUUACAAAGAGGUAUACCAAAGAAUAUAAGAAAUGGUGGCAACCUCUUCAGGAUACAAAAAUCGAUUUGUGCCAAUUUAUGGCAAAGGAUAACGUUCCGUUCCACGCGAUAAUGUUUCCCGCUUAUUUACUAGCGGCCAAUCAAAAUUAUACGUUGAUCAAGUAUUUAAUGGCAACUGAAUAUCUGAAUUAUGAGGAUAAGAAAUUCUCCAAAUCUAGAGGCAUUGGCGUAUUUGGAACUGAUGCCAGAGAUACUGGUAUUCCGGCGGACGUAUGGCGAUUUUAUUUAGCUUACAUUAGGCCAGAAACUCAAGAUUCUAAUUUUAAUUGGGUAGAUUUAGCCACGAAAAACAAUAGCGAAUUACUGAAUAACCUUGGCAAUUUUGUCAACAGAGCUCUGGUAUUUUCUGAAAAGUUCUUCAAUUCUACCGUACCACCGAUAGAAGCAGAAGAAGCUGAUUGGACUGUAUUGGCGUUGGCACAACGCGAAUUGUCAUGUUACAUAAACGCAAUGGAGCAAGCUAAAUUGAGAGAUGGCUUGAAAUACAUAUUGGCGAUUUCAAAACAUGGCAAUCAAUACAUGCAAUUUCAACAACCAUGGGUAAAAGUUAAGGGGACCGACGAUAACAAGAAAAGGGCUGGAACUGUCAUUGCAAUUUGUUGUAAUUUAGCCUGCCUUCUAUCCGCUCUUUUGGCUCCUUUUAUGCCCUCUACAGCUAAACAAUUGAGAUCUCAACUAGGUUUGAGUAAUAAAAGUUAUGGCUACAUUCCUGAAACAAUAACAAAUAUGUUACCUACUUGGCAUAAAAUUGGCAAACCCAAUCCAUUAUUCACUAAAAUUGAGGAUCAAAAAAUAGAAAUGUUACGCAAGAAAUAUGAUGGACAACAAGAGACUAAUAAUGGAAUAUCGGCAAAUAAAGUUUCCGAUGAAAGUAUUACAUUAGAAGCCGCCAUCACGAAGCAAGGUAAUUUAGUAAGAGAAUUGAAAGCGAAACGCGAUAAGAGUAUUUGGCAACCUCAAGUAGAAAUCUUGUUGGACUUAAAGAAAAAGCUUAAUGAUCUCAAAAAUAACGUAAACACAUCUGAGAAAAAAUUACCCGCGAAAAAUAAGAAAGUCGAACCGAUACAUGCACCAGAACAAAAUGGAGAUGCUCUAACAGACGUGAUGGCGUUAGAAAUGGCUAUCGCGAAACAGGGAAAUCUUGUGCGAGAAUUAAAGGCCAAGGAAGACGGAAGUAUAUGGAAGCCACAAGUGGAGAUAUUAUUGGAAAUGAAACAGCGUUUAAUGGAUCUCACUGGAACAGCGCCAGUCGUUGUUGAUAAGAAAUCCAAGAAGAAAAAAUAACUUCUAACUCAUUUCUUUUUGUAAUAAAAAGUGAUGAAGUAUUUCUUUUUUUAUCACGUCUC